CUCGCUAUACCGGCCAGGUGGAAGUACUAAUUGCGCUUUACCUGUCGCGCCGCAGUAGCGCUCUUUGCUCUCAGUAGCGCUGUGUUGUUGUUGUUGCGCGCGUCGUAUGCGUAUGUGUCCGCAGUGCGCUCUCGGAACAGCCCGAGGAUAUUUGCCCGCAUUUAUACAUCGCUGUGAUUUUUGGCUGCCACCAGCAUGAGGCGGGGCAGUGUAGUUACCUACGCUGACGACGGCCGACGACACUCUGCGGGAAUGGUGACGCCGGAGUCGUACCGCAGCAACAAUAGGCAAGAGUUCACCGUGAACGACAUAGGUUACGAAAGAACGGGCGGCUGCUUCGUCUCCUACAGAAAGAUCGCCUUUGCCUUCGUUUUCCUCCUGGCGGUCGCUAUUGCCGCCGCGUUCAUUGUCAACUACCUCGGAUCGCAGUCGGAUAAGGAUACACCCGACGCGCUAACGAUUCUCUCGAAAGAGGAAGAGACUCCGGAGAAGUACGUGCUGGCGCCGAGCAUAAAACCCCAGCGCUACCGAAUCGAGCUGAUACCGAUUCCGGACUUGGACAGGGAUCGAGUCAAGCUCAAGGGACGAGUCGUCAUUGAGUUCACGCACAUCGGCAGCGGCGAGCCCACCAGUCAGCUGGUGCUCAACUCGAGGCACCUGACGAUCGAGAGCCACCGGGUCGUCGUUCUCGGCGAGAACAAUUCCACGAAGAAGGACGACGAGGAUGGCGACCUGCGCAUACGAAGCAAACGCGAUGCUAACGAGACGCGACUGGAGCAGCUGCGUCUGGCGGAAGAGCCGAGUUUCGUAACGGAGCUCAAGAUCGCCGGCAACAAAAGCGACGAGCUCGGCGGCCUUUACGUGAUUUUCCUCGAGAAGGCUCUGGCCGACGGGAACUACUCGCUCGAGAUCGAGUACGAGGCGAGCCUCGACGGCAGGGUCAUCUUCGUGGAGAAUUUCAGGAAGAACGACGAGGAGAGGCUGCUCUUAGUGUCGAGGCUGAAGCCCGUCAACGCGCCUCGACUCUUCCCGACGCUCGACGAGGCGAAAUUGAAGGCGAACUUUGUCUUGACGCUCGAGCAUCCGCGCGACAGCCGAGUCUUCUCCAACACGGCCCUGAUGAAUUCCAGCGACUCCGGCACGGAGAACCAGACGUCCGCGGCCUUCGGGGAGACUCGUCGGAUAUCGGCGCACAAUCUGGCCUUCGUGAUCGGCGCCGAAAUCGAGUCCCUCGGCCAGGUGCCGAUCACCGAGCAGCAAUCCCUGACCUACUGGGCUGACCCCGGGCGCAAGUCCCAGGAGUACUACCUCCGCGACAAGCUCGACCGGGUGCUCUCGGCCUUCGCCGAGCUCUUCCAAGGAGUCUCGUUGCCCAGCGACAAGCUUGACCUACUGGCGCUACCGAUCGAUUUCGAGGGCAUCUCGGCGCCCGGUUUGAUCGUCGUCAGGGACUCGCUGUUCCACGUCGCGGCCAACAGUCCCGCGCAGAGUCGAGCCGAGGCUCUGCUGAAUCUCAUCGGACUCGUGGGACAGCAGUGGCUGGGGGGCCUGGUCGACGCGAAGAACUGGACCGACGCCUGGUUCGCCGAGGGAUCCACCCGCUACCUCCAGCAGGUCCUGCUCGACAAGAUCGACCAGAGCCUCGGGGCGUCCGACGACUUCCUCAUAGACGUGCAGAUGGAGGCGAUGGAGAACGACGGCUACAAGGUCUCCAAGGCUCUCGAGGCCAAGGUCAAUCGCACCCGCGUCGAGGCCUUCGACUUGGAGGACAAUUACAGCAAGGGUGCAUGCCUAAUAAGAAUGUUGCAUGGCAUCUUGAGCGAGCAGGUCUUCAGGACUGGCUACGUCGACUUCCUCCGCCGGUGGAGCUACGAGAGCACAGACUCCGCGGAGUUUCUGCGCUCGCUCGCGGGCAACACGACGAUCGAGCUCGACUCCAAGACGAUCAAGCUGAACGAGGCGUUCGCCGACUGGACGAGGAAGCCCGGCUACCCUCUCGUCAACGUCACGUGGCUCCGCGACAACGGCACUGUCGCCGUCCGUCAGACCAAGUUCAAUUUCGACGACGUGCCCCGAGACGAGGACGAGGAGGAGGAGGAGGAGGGGGCGAAGAUCGACGAGGACACGGCUCUGUGGUGGGUGCCGCUGACGUACGUGACCGUCGCCGAUGGCAACUGGACCGAGCCGUCGGUCGCCUGGCUCAAGGGCAAUGAGGAGAUGACUCUCGCCAACGUCGACUCGAGCGGCAACGCGUCCUGGAUCGUCGUCAACGUCAAUAGAACCGGUUACUACCGCGUCAAUUACGACGAGACGACCUGGCGAGCGCUGACCUCGGCGCUGAGAGACAAGCACGAGGACUUCCCGGUGGCGACGAGAGCCUCGCUCAUCGACGACGCGCUCAGCAUCGCCCGACAGGGCAGCCUCUCCUACGACACGGCACUCGAGCUUCUCGACUAUCUUGGGCCCAGCGAGCGAAGCUACGCGCCCUGGGCUGCUCUUGCCAGACACGCCAUGGAACUCGAUUUUGCCCUGUACGAGACGCCGGCCUACCCCAACUUUCAGGACUUUAUGAGGAGGCUCGUUGCGAAGCUCUUCGACGAGAUGGAGCCGAAGAUCGAGGAAGGAUCGCAGCUGGCGAUGCUGGCCAUGCGCUUGGCCUGUAUGUUCGAGCACCAAAAGUGCACGAGCUGGGCCAAGACCAAGUGGGAGGACGUAUUCAAGAACAACAAGGAGAACACACUGGCGAGCCACGUCCGCGAGACGGUCUACUGCGUCGGCGGAGCUCAACACGGUGGCAAGGAAGAGUUGUCCUACCUGAUGAAGAAAUUCGAGGAGUCCAAGGACAGAGAGGAGAAGGAUCGAUUGCUCUCGGCUCUCGGCUGCUUCCAAACGCCCUGGAUUUUGCAAAAGAUCCUCAACGAAAUCCUCGAGAGCGACAAGUACGAGGACAACGACAUCAAGGUGAUACUCCAAUCCUACACGCAGAAUCCAGCCGCCGCCCAAGCCGCUCGUAGAUUCGUUCAAGAAAACUGGAAGGAGAUUGUGAAGAGAUUCUCCAACUCGUACUGGACGAUGAAAGCCUUCGUCGAGGCCUCGACGAGUUUGCUCUUCACCGAGCGCGACUUGAACGAGUUCAACACCUUCCGGGACGUGAACAUCGAGAGCCUGAAGCUGAUGGGCCACUGGGUGGCUCUGAACGAGAUGAAGGCUUCCUCUUGGAUCUUCAGACUGAAAGAGUCGUCCGGCAGCAUCCAGAGAUGGCUCAAGAAUCACGCCAACUCGACCGUGUAGUCGUGUUUCUUUCGCUGAUGCUCUGGUAUACACGGAUGAACAAUGGUAUAUACAAGGAGAGAGCUGCGGAUACAAUAAAAGUUGCAAGAGACAAUAUGUUCUACCACAACAAUUUUUAUUUCUUCGAAUGCUUUUUUCAAGCAUAAUUAUAAAACCAAGCAACAAGUUCUCGUUUCGCUUAUUUCCUAGAACGACGCCCGUCAUAUGAUAAUAGUACAUAUUUAACAAACCUUUAUACGAUUACACAUAAGAACCGUAUCUAUAACGAUCACAUAAUUAUUCAUUGCUUACCUUAAUCGACUAUCGUUUAAUCUCCACCCUUAUUUCUCUGCUCUUAUUUUCUUUUGUUAAUUAAUAUCGUUAUUGUUAUUUUAUUAUGUUAUUAAUAUCAUUGUUAUUUUUAGUAUUGUUAUUAUUUUAUGCGCUACAAUGACAAUAUGGAAAAGAAACGCGAUGCGACCAAUAUAUCGUGUAUCAACACACGCACGAGGGCGUAGCAAUAAACGUACAGUAAUAACGCGUUUUUUCGCCUCCUCGUCUUGUUUCUUAAUUUUUCUUCGCUUCAUAAUAAUAUAUAUGUUCUUAGUAUUCAAUACGCUCUCGCACACAUCGACGAAAAUCAUAUUAUUUAUACAUGCAUAUAAUUACAAGUGUGUAUCGCGCGGAAAUCGUCGAUAAUCGAGCGUCAUAGUGCGUCGAAUCAAUUCGGUCACACUGCGCGCACGCAUCGAUGCGGAAAUGCGUUGUGGAUGAUCUCUCUCCCUCACAUUCUCUUUAUCACUUUCUCACUUUUGGGUGUAAACACGCGACCGUUUUAUGGUAGAAUUCAGUAUAGCAUAAUCGUCGUUAGAUUUAGAUAAUAUAAUUAAUAGUUGUAUAAUGAUAAUAAUAUUGUAACAAUGUGAGUGUAUAUAUAAUAAUUAUAGCUAUAGGUAAAGCGAGCGCUUAUCUACAUAUCUAUCGUUAAGUUAAUAAUUUGUUAUUCUUUACUUCCAUCGCCCUCAGCUGUUACAAUGUUCAACGUGUUACAAUGACCACCGCACGUUACAAUGAUCCGAGUAAAAAAUGUCGGUGAACAGAAUUUUACACCUCUCAUUUUUCACUCGAACUAUGUACGAAAAGUCCGUGCGAGUAUAUCCGAGCUACGAAUAUGAGCGCAAGAUAUCACAUAUAUUUUUACAAUAAAACGAUAUCGCGAACGAGGCAGCGCGCGUUACAAAGUUCAUCCCGCCUCUGUAUAUCCGACGAAUGUCUUCACUCGUGAAAAUACCGAUUUCAGGUAUUAUUUACACGUUAUUUACAACUGCCUACUGUGUACUUAUGUAUUUGCCACGCUGUCGAGCUUGGCGGGCCGUAUUUUGUAAAGUAUUGAACGACGCAAGCGCUUUCAUUACUUAAAAUAGACAAUAACUUGCCUUUUACAUGUUUAUUGGUUAGUUUUCAUUAGCUGUUGAUGGCCGUUAAAGUCUGAAAAAUGUUAAAAGUUUUAUUUGAUUCGUUAUUUUAAAAUUUCAAAAAAACUCCACAGCGUCUCGCUUUUAAAAGUAAGGAAAGUCGUACAUACGCCGUUAAGAUUUUUCAUUUAAAAUUCUUUUUUCGCUCCCCGUGAGCCCUUGUAAUUUUACCUUUCGCGCGACAACUUUCUUUUAAAGUGAAAAAUAAUGUGCGUUUUCUUUCCCACGUUCUUUACGAGUCUUUCGAACAGAAAGGGAUAUCUCAGAAACUAUUGUACGGCUUGGAAAUUUCUCCAGAGCUAUUUUGCUGGUUGUUUUGUUGGUUGUUAACGCGUUAAUUUUGUUGUAAUGUAUAAUGUCAUUUACCUGCCUAUAAUCAUCAGUUAUUUAUAUAAUCGCAAGCUUUUAUCGUCGUUAUACUUAUGAGUAAUAAAAUAAUAUUGAGUUGAA